UCCUUUCUUUUUUUUUUGUAAAUUUCCACCAACUUAAAUAUAUCAUUACUUUUUUCUAAUCUUCUAUAUAUUUCUGAUGUUUAGCCCCUUCUUUUAUGCAGAGUGAUGCUUCUGUGCUGCUGUUUCCUGAGCUGAACUUUCCGAAAUCCCUGGGUGUGUUCUUUUGAGCUGAGGACUGAGGUGAUCAUGAUGAAGAUGGUUUUGAGUAGCCGAGUUUUCAUUGCUCGUGUUAUUGUUGGUUUCUUUCUGCUGAUUACCUGUGGCAUGACCUAUGGGACUGAAAGUGAUAUCUCCUGCUUGAAAAGUGUGAAGGCUUCACUUGAAGACCCUUACAAUUAUUUGCAAUCCUGGAAUUUCGAACACAAGGCAGAAGGGUUUAUCUGCAAGUUUACCGGGGUCGAAUGUUGGAAUCUUCUUGAGAAUAGGGUCUUGAAUCUCAAACUGUCCAACAUGGGACUCAAGGGCCAUUUCCCUCGUGGCAUUCGAAAUUGCUCAAGCUUAACAGGAUUGGAUUUGUCAAAUAACAGGCUCUCUAAAACCAUUCCAGAAGAUAUAUCUACCCUUCUCACCUUUGUGACAUCCCUUGAUCUAUCUUCAAAUGACUUCACUGGGGCAAUUCCUGUGUCCCUUGCAAACUGUUCCUAUCUUAAUACCAUCAAACUUGACCAAAACAAACUCACUGGUCAAAUUCCUGAAGAAUUAACUCAGCUCCAGCGGCUCAAGUCAUUUUCUGUUUCCAAUAAUUUUUUGACAGGGCGAAUUCCGACAUUCAGAUGCGGUGUAGCUUCAGCGGACAGUUAUGCAAAUAAUUCAGGCCUCUGUGGUGCUCCCUUGGAUCCUUGCAGGGCUUAGUCUUCCAAGAGCAACACAGCAGUUAUAGCUGGAGCAGCUGGCCCUUGAGUAACACAGCAAUCAUCCUACCUCACCGCCUUCCCCUUCCUCCAACAUGUACCUUUCGUUGAUUUAGUCUCUUAAAAUUUUAUAUAAUAAAAUUUAGGUGCCCACUAGGGUGGGUCACUUUAGAAUUGGUCCAUGGGUGGACCAAGAGUGUGUUUAGUAAUUUACAAGAUAAAAAUAUAAAAAAAAAAAAUUAAACCCUAAUAUUUUCAACUCUUCCUCCACUCUAGCUACCAGCCGUUUUUACCAUCUUCCUCUCCUCUCUGAUCUUUUCUGCUCUCCACCACCAUCACCUUCUUUUUUUUCCUCUUCUCCGGCCAUCUCUGCGGCUCUCCUCUCUCCGCCGCCAUCACUUUCUUCCUUUUCUUCUCCGAUUCUUUUCUUUUAUGCACUUCUCCGGCCACCACCUCCGCCCCUCUCUUCUUCUUCUUCUUCUUCUUCUUCUUCUUCUUCUUCUUCUUCUUCGGCUCUCUAUUUUCUACACCAACCUCCUCUGCCACACUCCGCCCUCUCCAACCCUUCAACCUCCCUUAAAUCAUCAAAAACCUCACAUUUCUCCUUGAAAUCCGGCAUCCCCGUCACUUCCUGUCAUCAACUUCGCCAGAUCGGAGCAAAGGUGAUUCCUUUUCCACCAGAUCGGACCAAAGGUGGCUCCUUUUCUACUUGAUCGGAGGAAAUAAGGAUUUUUUUCACACAUGCAAUCGAUUUGAGGUAUGUUUUUGCUGUUCCUUUUUCUUUUCUAUUGUUUCUUUUACUCUAUUUCUAAAACCCUCUCAUCUCCCAACCAGAUCGGAGCAAUACUGCAAGACUGGAGAUUCUCAAUCAAGAUCAAGCUUCUGUUUUUUUAUUUUGUUUUUUUUAUGUAAUAGUUCAAAAAUUUCCCUCUUCUAUUAUGCAGUUUUUGUGUUUUGUUAUGUAUAAAGAAUUUAUAAAUUCGUAAUAAAUUUUAUUUUCA